ACUGUUUUGCUAAUGAUAAUAUUAAAGUCUAUUUUUUUCCUAGUCGUCUAAUUGCUUUCUUUUUGACACCUUGUUGAAAUACUACACCCCAGAUGUCAUAGAGGAGCUUGAUUUGAAAGGAAACCCUCCAAAUACCUCUCUGAAUAUGUCAGUUUUCUUCCCCUUUGGAAAUGCAUUUGGCAUGUUAUGGUGGCAGUUACAUACCUGCUUUAUCUGCUAGUUGUCUUAGUCCUAUUUCUGUUGUCUUGCUGAGAUUGUUGAUUAGUUUUUCGUUUGUAUCCUGCAUUUGCUGCAUUUUUCUUUUAUAGUUUAAACUGAUUGUCUCGACAAACAUGUCUGGUAAAGGUUUGAUCUUUUAUGUAUGGAGUAGUGGGGGUUGAAAUGACAGAAUUGCAUAAAGCAAUGCAUGAAGCUUGCAAUCUUCAUUGUAAGGUUUGCACUGUCAACUGUUUGCAUCAGGCUGCACCUUAUGCUCUCUUGGGUUUUCUGAGAACACUGUCUGCAGCUGCAUCUGGGGAAGCCGAUCUUGCCAUCAUCUCAGAAGAAACUUGUGGGACUUUCUGGUUCUGAUGGGGUGGUGGUUUUGGUGGAAAGACUGGAUAUGGCUUGUAAAGUGUAGUCAGUCACUUGCUAGGCGUUUGCACUGCUUGAUUUGAAGCCACCUGAUUUAAAGAUAUUACUGCCUUAAUUGGCUUUUCCCAGCAGGAGUGACCCCUGUUGAGGUGUUCGUGUUCUUUCUUUUACACUAUCAGUCUUCUCCAUUUUCUUUCCUUAUCUUCUCUGCUUGCAUACAUACAGGGAACCUCUGUGCUAAAUGCUGAUAAUUCACCCAUUUUCUUACCAUUCGUACUUGCACAGCCUUCCUGGAAUUGACAUGAACGUUUCUCUGCAGUAUGGUUCAUUAUUAUGAACAGAAUAAAGGUAUUUUGCAUGUUUAUAAUCAGUGGUGACCGAGGCUGCUUUCAGAGAAGUCCUUUCAUCCGUCACUGUUAUUAGUCAUCAGUUUGGCCCAGUGCCUUUGGCAAGAAAAUUGCUCAGGGAGUUUUUUUCCCUCUCCAGCUUUACUGGUGAUGUAUUUUCCCGAAUCCUGGACAUCAGUUUCCUCUCUGGCAGAAUAAGGAGCAUUUGCCAUAAAAUACCUCCAACAGCAUGCCAGACUGAGGGCACUGGAGUCUGUACCCAUGAUGCAGGCUCUGCCCCAUUCUUGCAGCACCAGUUUAACAUUAAGCAGCAGUGGCAUUCCUCAGUGGUGUUGGUGACAGUCUCUUUAGCUGUAAUUGCAGUAGAGAACACAUUUAUGAAGAAGUGUUCAAAGACCAUAGCAGUUCCCUGGGGUUGAAAGUCCUGUUUGCUUUCUCUGUUCAACAGCUACCGAAGACACUUGGCUUUCCCUCUUCUGUGUAAGCCUUUAUAGUAGCAUUGAAGAAGAGAAAAACGUUAUCCAAGCAAAAACUGCUUGUAACAACAACAAAAGAUGACAUAAAAUACUGAUGUUACAAACCACACUCAACCCGUACUGUGCUGUGAUUGGGUUAUUGUACCCAUGCAUGGACAGACAUCUGGGAGAGCCACAUAAAUUUAAGAGAGAAUGGUCCAGUGUAAUGCGAUGUGUAGCAGUCUUUGUGGGAAUAAAUCAUGCCAGCGCUAAAGUGGAUUUUGCCAACAAUAUCCAGUUGUCUCUCACAUUAGCAGCCCUGUCAAUUGGUCUGUGGUGGACAUUUGAUAGAUCACGAAGUGGCUUUGGUCUUGGAGUAGGAAUUGCUUUCCUGGCCACAUUGGUGUCACAACUUCUGGUCUACAAUGGAGUUUAUCAAUACACGUCUCCAGAUUUCCUUUAUGUUCGUUCCUGGUUGCCAUGUAUAUUUUUUGCUGGUGGAAUAACUAUGGGCAAUAUCGGCAGGCAACUGGCAAUGUAUGAAUGCAAAGUCAUUGCAGAGAAGUCUCACGAGGACUGAGGAGAAACAAUAUACACCUUUUAAACAGGAAAAUAUCUGACAAAUGACUGUUGGAGGAGCAUAAGGAACACUUGACUAUGAAAUUGCCAAAAUGCAAUUUUUUUCCCUUGAGUGGUAUACUUUACUGCAAUCUGUGAUUGCUGCUUCUAUAGAAACCUUGAUGUCUGAUUUUGAUUACUGUGAAGUUACAAUAGUAUGCAAUACAUUUGACAAUAUUGGUUCAAUUAUAGGAUUCUUUUUUCCAAAUCUAAACUGAGUUUACCAUAAAUUCUUGUCUGUCCAUAAUGUUGCAGUGCCAAACUGAACCUUUGCACUACGUUUCUGUAGCUGAAACUUCUUGCUUCACUUUAUCUUGAAAGUUUUGAGGAAUUUGUCCGUAAUAGCUCAGUGAAAGACAGGGGAUUCAAAUUUAGGAAUGAAGAUCUUCUCUUUUCAUGAUGAUAGCCCAUAAUAUCUUUAUGAAAUCCAUGGAUUACAGGUGAGCUUUGAUGCAAUAAGUAACUGAUUUCUGCCUGUUAACACACUGUAUCAUUCUUCUUACAUCACAGGUGAGGAAACUUAAUACGGAUUGUGUGGGUUAUUGCCGUGGCAUUUCAUUUGUCUGUGGUAUGUGCCCAGUAUCACAGAACACAGAAAUGGAAACUGAGGCUGGAAAUGACUUGCUGUUUUUUCCCUGGUACAACCAGUAUGCAUGUUUGUAUAUGAAUUUAAGUGGACCAUCAUGAGAUGUGGACAGAUUCUGAAACUACCUGUUCUGUUGAGUAAUGGGAUACAGUUCAGGUCAUUCUUUUACAAUCCCUUAAGCUGAGUUGUUUUGAUCCCUUAUGAAAAAAAAAAUCUUAGGGAGUUUUUAUUGCGAAACUUAAUUCUGCUGAACUAAAUCAGCCACUACCAUAUAGUGUCAUAAAAGCCUCCAUUACCAUUGCUACUCUUGAUAGUUCUUGUCUACUACCUGCUCUGUUCACAGGGAUCAGCAGAAGGAGACAAGGCUGUAUUUUAGGUACUGAUGUAGCCCUUAUUGCUGUGACUGUGGUCCAGGUAACCAUAAAUGCAUUUGUUCUUGUAGCAAUUUUCUGAGGUGGAGAAAUACUGUUACCCCUAUUUUACAGGUGUCUAUGCACAGAAAGUCUUGAUAGGACAGAGAGCUGAAAUAGGCUGUGUGCUAAUCGGUUCCCUUCUUAGGAAGAAGGAUUUUAGUGUAUGACCCAUAUUUGGGGGCAUACAUGGAAUUUCCUCUUGGCUUUGCAUCUCGCUUUUAAGACCAUGAGAUAAAAGAACUCGUGCAAGAAGGCAGAAAGCAGACUUCAAGAGGACACUGCUAACCUGUGCCAGCAGUGAUUUUGGCAUGGGAUGUGUCUUUGUUUUCCCCUUUCUGUCUCUGUCGAUGAUGUUUUAAUGUAUUCGUUCUCCUUUUUUUGUCUUGAAGUACUAUGUUUUAAAUCUUUCAUGAAAGGUUUAUAAGACAUGUUACAGUCACCUAGGGAGGCUGGAGUUGGUCCAAAGAACAAAUAGAUGUUUAGACAAGUUUUUAUUAAUAAGUGUGUGUAUGCAUUGUAUACGAAGCUUGAAAUAGGCAACUCUUUUUCAGUCUUACGUGUUUAUCUCAUAAGUCUGAAAAGUAUGCAAUGGAGUGCUUCCAAAAGCGUUGUAAUGAAAGAGGUGGUCACAAAAGGAAAAUUUCUUGAAUGGGGAAGUGUGAAAACAAUAAAUAAGCAAAUUAUGUAUAAAGAGCUUGGUUCUGCAGCUCCACAAAGUUUCAUCAGCUUGUCACGGUUCCAUGACAAUUCAACACCUGGAGCACACUUUCAUUGGGUAACGUUUCAGGAAAGCACUUACAGAUGCGCUUUGCUUUAAGCAGAGGUAGAACAUGUUUUAGAUCCCUGACUAGAGAUUUUCUUUUAAUCAAACCGCACGGCAAUAAGAAGCAUUUUAUUAAUAAAACCAAGAAACUGUCAGGGCAUGAACUAAAGGUGAGUUUCUUUAGGCAGGCUCUGGCAUUUCACUGAAGAAGCUGUUGGGUCCCUUUCCAUACAGUAUUUUGCUUCAUCUGCCUUCUUCACUUAAACAAAUGGCUUCAGCUUGGUGGGUAGCGUGAUGAGUCCCUCUUGAUUUAUCAGGGCAUGAAUGGCAUAAAAAUUCAGAUGUUUCUUAUCCUAACUGUAGGGAAUAACAUGGUACCUCAGUAGCCAGUGUGCUGACUUGGUAAACAAUUUAGUUUCGUCAUGACCAGUAAGUGUAUACAACUGGAGAUGAGUAACUUUUAUUAUUCACUCAGUGGCAGAACUGCUUUUAUCUGCCAGUCUAAAUAUUUACACAGAAGAAGCCUUGUGUAUGUUAAAAUGUGCAGUAUGUGAGAAGUGGUUAUUGUGCAUGUGUGGCACCCACGUUACAACACUUUGCACUCAAGAUUCAUCUAAACCUGAUUAGACUGUGCUGUCCACAAACUUCUUUUAAAUUUCAUUUUGGAAAUUUUGAGCAUGUUGUGCAAAGGCAGCAAUCAUCCAAAAUAAAUUUGGGUGGAGUCCUUUAUUAUAUGUGUUUUACUAUUUUUAUUCUUAUUUGACUGAAGUCAAUACCGGAUUCACAUCUUGGAUGUCAUACUUUUUCAAACUGCUUAUACUUUUAUGGCUGAAGUGUUCAAACGCUGAAAAAGGUUCAUGAUGAGAAUGCUGACACGGCCUUAACUGUAGUGGUGUGAACAUGCUGCUACUGUAUAGCCUGUAAUUAUAACAUUAGACUGUCUUAAAAAUGUUGUUCAAUAGAGAAUGAAUAAGGUAUAUUUUAGAUACAACUUUAUAAGCACUAUAACCUCUUCACUAAUUAAGCAUUGUAAGGUCUAUGCUGUUUAAACUGGCAAGUUGCUGUUAAAAGCAAAAUGUGCAUUAAAUACAAUUACAACCUUG